CGUCUUCUUUCAGCGUCACAUGCAUGGAAAACAAAUUUUUUUUAUGAAGUCCCCGUGGUGUAUAAAUGUUGUUUCUUUGACACCGAAUAGACUUGUUAGGAUGUUGAUACGGAGACCUUGUCAUGUGCUUGAAGUGAUAUUUGUGAUUUCAGGCAAGUGCUCUUAUUUCUUAGAUGACAGAGGAGAGAUAUGCUGUUUUCCAGCAAAUUAAGCUACUUCAGCAAGAACUGAAUGGAGCUUCCAAUGAAGCAAUUGUACUAUUCAAUGGAAUGAGAGAGGCAAGUCCUAAUCCAAAUAAAGUCACAAUGAUUGAAGUAUUGUCUGCAUGUUCCACAAUAGGGGCCCUUGAUUUGGGGAAAUGGGUUGAGACACAUGCAUCAGAAAGAGGUUUACAACACGAUGUCUACGUUGCGAGUGAAUUAAUUGAUAUGUAUGCAAAAUGUGGGAGCUUGGAUGAUGCACUCAGGGUUUUUGAGAGUAUGCCUCAUAAAAAUGAGGUCUCAUGGAAUGCCAUGAUUUCUGCUCUUGCUUUCCAUUGGCAGGCCCUGGAAGCAUUAUCAUUAUUCAUACGCAUGUCAAAGGAUAAUGGCACUGUUUAGCCUAAUGACAUCACUUUCAUAGGAGUACUUUCUGCAUGUGUGCAUGCCGGAUUGGUUGAUGAGGACUGCCAAUUGUUUGAAUCAAU